AUGUACUCCUCAAGGCUUGUCUCGGUGCUCGUCGUGGUGGUAUCGAUCCUCUGCUUGGUCCAGGCCAACUGGUGGGAUGUCCAAAAGGUUCACCACCGAGGCCUGAUCCGACGAGCGGACCUUUCCGAUGUUGUUGGCGACUUGAAAAAAUCAACAAGUGCGGACGACUCGUUGCCGUCACCUGCGCCACCAUCUCAGAGCCCCAGCUCUACGCCAGCUCAGCAGACCACCGCCGACGACUCAUCAUCAAGCACGUCUGCUUCUCCUAGCUCUCCGCCUUCUACCUCGGAGUCGGCGUCUGCGACACCUGCCCCUGGCAGCACUUCUUCGCCUGCGUCAACCACGGCUGAACCUACCACAUCCGCCCCCGACUCGACGUCAUCUGCUGGCCCUACGCCAUCCGCGACAACUCCCCCCUCCACGACCACGUCUAGCAGCGGCGGCGGCAGCGACGACAGCAGCAGCGACGACAGCAGCAGCGACGACAGCAGCAGCGACCAGAAGACUAGUGAUGGCGGCAAUGGCAAGGGCGGAUCUUCCCCCAGCGAAACGCCGUCUGCCGUUGUCUCAACCAAGGUCGAGGUCGUCACCAUGACUAACAGCGACGGCUCCAAGACGACCCAGACUACCACGACGAAGACGACUCACACGGCAGCCCUCAACGCGGAAAACCAGAAGCCCACCGGCAUGUCGACCAAGACUCGCAACACCAUCAUCGGUGUCGUCGUGGGUGUCGGCGGCGCCGCUAUUCUCGGUGCCCUCAUCCUGGUUGCCUUCCGAGUCUGGGGUCGCAAGAAGCACGCCGAGGAAGCCGACGGCCUCAUGGCUUCAUCGGGCGCGGGCGCGGGCGCGCGGAAUCCCUUCCAGUCGACGCUGGAGAAUUACCACCAGCCGGUCAAUGCGUCGGCCAACUUUUAGAGAUUCUUUGCGGUGAAACUUUUGGUCCUGUUUUCAUAUACUCGCGGCUGUUGCAGCAUGCCGGACACGGUCCACCUCUGAGCGUGGUUUACGAUGUAUGUCGAGAAGAUUUUGGCAGCCAAUGCCGCAGACUUUGUAGGAGGGGAGGAAGAAGAGAAAAAGAUUUGAGUGAGGCUACUAUACGUUUAUGCGAGACUGGUUUGCAAACUGCAUAGCGAAGCCCUGUUAUUUUCUGUUGCUUGGCAUAUAGAAUCGAUACUGUUUAUAUGGAAUACUGAAUAUACAUUUACUUUUUAUGUCCUA